GCCCUCGGUGCCCCCCCCCGGGCGUCCGCCGCCCCUGCCCGGGCCGCUGGUCCCCGGGGCUCCGGCGGCUGCGGCGAUGAUGAACAGGUUCCGAAAGUGGCUGUACAAACCCAAGAGGUCUGAUCCUCAGCUUCUGGCUCAGUUCUACUACGCAGAUGAAGAGUUAAACCAAGUUGCUGCGGAAUUGGACAGCCUGGAUGGGAGGAAAGACCCCCAGAGGUGUACCCUGCUUGUCAAUCAGUUCCGCUCCUGUCAGGAUAACGUGCUGAACAUCAUCAACCAGAUCAUGGACGAAUGCAUCCCCCGGGAGCGAGCCAACAGGGACUUCUGCGUCAAGUUCCCGGAGGAGAUCCGGCACGACAACCUGGCCGGACAGCUGUGGUUUGGAGCAGAGUGCCUGGCGGCUGGCUCCAUCAUCAUGAACCGCGAAAUCGAAAGCAUGGCCAUGCGGCCCCUCGCCAAGGACCUGACCCGGAGCUUGGAGGAAGUCAGGAACAUCGUUCGGGACCAAGCCCUCAGGGACCUGAACCUUUACACGGAGAAAAUGAAAGAGUCCCUGAAGCACUUCGAUGGCCUCUUCGCUGAGUUUGAACUAAGUUACGUCUCAGCUAUGGUACCCGUCAAGUCUCCAAAAGAAUAUUAUGUGCAGCAAGAGGUAAUCGUGCUUUUUUGUGAGACAGUAGAGAGGGCCCUAAAGCUUGGAUACCUGACCCAAGACAUGAUUGAUGACUACGAGCCGGCGCUAAUGUUUACGAUCCCCAGGCUAGCCAUCGUCUGUGGGCUUGUUGUGUACUCAGAGGGGCCUUUGAACCUGGACCAUAAACCCGAAGAUAUGUCUGAGCUGUUUCGACCCUUCCACACCUUGCUAAGAAAAAUAAGGGACCUGCUGCAGACGCUGACGGAGGAAGAGCUGCACGCUCUGGAGCGCAGCCUGUGCAUCUCCCAGGACCUGGAGUUCCCCGUGCCUGCGGCCCCGCCGGCCCUGGCCGCCGCCGCCGCCGCGCUGCCCUCCGAGCCGCCCGAGGCCAAGGCCGACCCGCCCGAGGCCGAGAUGGCCUGCUCCAUGCAGUACGACCAGCAGGAGCUGGAGCAGCUCAACCGCAUGGUCCACCGCGUGGGCGACGAAAUGUCCUCCCUCCUCUCCCCGCCCAGCGCCUGCCCGUCUCCGGCCCGCCGGCCCGGGGACGGGAGGCCCGGGGAGAGCCCCGAGGCGUCGCCCGGCCGGCCGCCGGUCUCGGGUCGGGCGGUCGACCCCGACGACCGCGUGUUCUUCAUGGACGACCUCGACGGGGCGGGAGAAGGUGCGCCUGGGCCCGAGGUGGCCGCCGAAGCUCUCGCCUGGGCCACCGGGCCCCACGUUAGGCCGCCAGGCCGGGUUGGGGAGGUGGCCGCCCAUGGCACCCCGUCCAAGAAACCCGAGGACGACCCGAGCGAUAACAACAACACCAUCGUCGCCGGGGAGGGCCGCGGGCCCGACUCCUUGCCCAACUCCUGCUCCUGCCUGGAGUCCCAGCUCUACCUGGGCGGCUGGGACGCCGGGCCCGACCCCGCCGAGACCGCCGAGAUCAUCGCCCACCGCACCGGCGGCAUGAAGAUCUCCGCCACGGUCAUCUUCAACCCCAAAUCGCCCACGGCGCCCGACUCGCCCACGGCCGGAGCGGCUGGGCCCGAGCCUCGCCCCGGGGAGGAGGAGGACGAGGAGGAGAGGGAGGAGGAAAGGGGUGAGGAGGAUGAGGGGAGCGGCUCCCCUAAGCUCAGUCUGGCGGCGACGAACUGUCUGAUCAACUCGUGCGUGUGCUGCGGGAGCUGUGAGGACAGCAGGGAGGAGCCCGCCGAGAGCCUGCAGGCCCAGUGCUCGCCGGGAAAGGUCGUCCAUGCUUCUUACAACUUGGUCAAGUCCAAGGAAAAGGACCUCCUAGAGAAGCCGGGCGGCCCGGAGCCCACCCAGGAGACGGCCAAAACCGCAACGGCUUUGGCCCUGCCCACGGAGAGACCCACUGGCAGGGAGGAAGCCCCGCUGUCCCGCUCGGUCCCCAGGCGACCGCCCCCCGCCUCGGGCUCCCACCCUGGACCAGAAGGACCACCGGAGCUCCCACGCCCGGAGGAGAUAGCCGAGAAGGAUGGCCAGCCGGACCGGAGGGGGGCCGGGCCCAGCGGAGAGGGGAUUGGGGAGACGCGAGGAAAGGAAGAGCCCCGGGACAGGUCGGGGUCCAGCUUCCGGCCCAGCUCCUGUUCUACGGAUGCCGUGGACCAGGAGAAGGAGGAGGAGGAGGAGGAGCAGGUCCGGCUGACUCUGCGGGCGGCCAAACUGGCCAGCAGGGAGAAGAUAAGGUCCCGUUUUCAUAGCAGCAAUGAUCUGAUCCACCGACUCUUCGUCUGCAUCUCAGGGGUGGCUGACCAGCUGCAGACCAACUACGCGAGCGACCUGCGCAGCAUCCUGAAGACCCUGUUCGAAGUGAUGGCCACUAAACCGGAGACGGAGGACAAGGACAAGCUAAAGAAAGUGAACCCGAAUUUGCGGAGUGCCACUCUGGAGGACUGCGCCCUGUGCCAGGAAACCACCUCUUCUUCGGAGCUCGCUGCCAAGGCCAGAAACGGCGACUUCGAAGAUCCGCCCGAAUGGGUCCCCGACGAAGCGUGCAGCUACUGCACGGCCUGUAAGGCUCCGUUCACCGUCAUCCGCCGGAAACACCACUGUCGGAGCUGUGGCAAGAUUUUCUGCUCCCGCUGCUCUUCCCAUUCAGCUCCUCUACCUCGCUACGGCCAGAUGAAACCAGUCCGCGUGUGCACUCACUGUUACAUGUUCCACGUCACGCCCUUCUACAGCGACAAAGCCGGCGGCAUCUGACCCCGGGACCGAGGGACUCGUAGCCAGGUGGCUGGCCGCGGCCCACGCCCGGGACCGGCGUGGAGGAAGAGA